UCCUGGUAAUUGAUAUUUCCCAAUUGAAUUCGUGUAGCUGCAAGAUGAAGUCAUAUUUUCGGAUGCUGAGAGGCUGCGAAUGACACAGAGCAAUGUGAAAACGCUGCAAAGGCAUUUCCAAGCUGAUACCCUUCCCUGGAUCGAAAGAAUGAGACAGAAAGAGCAAGGUCUUCAAAGACGCCUUUUAAGGGUAAUGAGAAUACUAGAGGCACUGGAAGGUAAAGGUUGUCGAUUGCCUUUGAUGAAAGGAGAAGCUGAAUUGGCAGAGAAGUUGGCUGCCAUCACUAGACAGUUAAGAGGUUCGGGAGCAGAACUUUCAAGGAGGGUUCAGAAUCUGCUCACUGUAUGCCGUGUUCAAAAUGGCCUUGGAGGUGCUUCUGUUCUCCCUGGUUCAACUAAAAUUCAUGAAGAGAGUCUUGCUGACAUGCAAGAGGUUUUGCAACAGCAAACUGAGGCUAUUGCUAGGCUUGGCAAUGUUUUGAAGCGAGAUAUCCGGGAUGUGGAGAUCAUAAUGGCUGAGGAAACAGAAAUGGUGGAAGACUGAUUAUAACACAACAUUGCCAAUUGAUUCUGUUUUGCUUGUAUAUUCAUGUUUUUUGUGUUAGACGGUAAAAAGUGAUAACAUUUUUAAAUCAUUGUAGGACAUCGAAUUUUGUUCAGCUAGCAGAGUUACAUUGAUAGAGUUGCAAAUAUUUUAGGGGAACGAUGAAUUUGCUUCAGUUAGAUGUUGAAGUUACGACAAUUAUGCCUUGAUCUCAAAUAAGUUGAGGUCAGCUGUGAAA